GGCGGCCCAGCGCCGCUCCUGGGCCAGCGAAGAGGAGUCGACCGAGCAGACAUCGCAGGCGUCUUCGCCCAGCCAGUCGUCCGUCAGGGAGAAGAACAGCACCCCGAGGAAGAGGAAGGCCCCUCUGCCUCCCCUGGGCACCUCCAGCCAGGAGGACCGGGAUGCCUACGAGGAGAUCGUGCGGCUGCGGCAGGAGAGGGCCCAGUUCCUGCAGAAGAUCCGGGGCUUGGAGCAGCAGGAGAAGCAGAGACGGGAGCGGGCGGAGCUGGAUGAGAGCUCCCUGCGCUCCAUGGAGAAGCAGAUCCGGGAGCUGGAGGAGCAGCUGGUGGCACGGGAUGGGGAGAAGAACAAGCUGGGCAAGGAGGUGGAGGCUCUGCGGAGCCGCCUAUCCUCGAUGGAGAAUGAGAAGGAGAACACGAGCUAUGACAUCGAGACGCUGCAAGACGAGGAGGGGGUCCCACUCGAGUUCCCAGGAGCGGAGAUGUUGCUCUCCAAGAAGACACUGAGCCCCUCGGCCGAGGAGCUGCUGGCCACACUCCAGGGGCAGGUGCAGUCCCUGACCGUGCAGAACAAGGAGCUGAGGGAGAAAAUCCAGGUGCUGGAGAACUACGAGCGGGACGAGAGCAGCCCCGCUGCCCCGGGGGACGUGGUGCCCGCCAGUCUGUACCAGGCCCUGCAGCGGGAGCUGGAGCGGCUGCGGGCGCAGGGCAGGGAGGCCACGGCGCGG